CGGACCCCGCUGAAGCUGAUGGACUAGCCGGAGGUCUGGUGGCUGGCGGACUGUAUUGGGCUUAUAGCGGACUGUGGGUGACCCGCCCGGACCAUGGCUGCCAAAGAGGACCUGUACAGUAAAAUCCUCCCGCGGAGGCUCCGGCAGAACCGGCUGGGCUCAGUGAAAUGUGGCUCCAACCUUGAUGUGCUGUUAUCCAUGGGCUUCCCCAGACCAAGGGCACUGAAAGCUCUGGUGUCAACAGGAGGUCGGAGUGUGCAAGCAGCAUGUGACUGGCUGUUUUCCCACGUGGACGACCCAUUCCUGGACGACCCUCUGCCCAGGGAGUUCGUCCUCUACUUGCGACCCAGUGGACCGCUACAGAACCAGCUCUCCCACUUCUGGCAGCAGAGCCGGGUCACUUGUGGCAAAAACAAAGCCCACAACAUUUUCCCUCAUAUCACUCUCUGCCAGUUCUUCAUGUGUGCAGACCACAAAGUAGAAGCUCUCUGCGAGGCCCUCCAGGCCACCGUACAGCAGUGGCGGGGUCGCUUUCCCAGCCCGCUGCCCCUGGAGCUCUACACAUCCUCCAACUUCAUCGGCCUCUUUGUGGAGGAGCAGGUGGCCGACGUCCUCAAGCAGUUUGCAGCCGACUUUGCCACAGAGGCUGCGAGGAAGGCAGAGGUCCAUGUGGAGCCUCACAAGAAGCAGCUCCACGUCACUCUGGCUUACAACUUCCCCACCGAUCACCUCCCAUCGCUGGAGAAACUGGCCAAGGGCAUCGAAGUCAAGCUGGGCUGUGAUUGGCUGGCUGUCUUGUUCUCCCGGGACAUCCGUUUUGCUAACCAUGAGACCCUGCGGGUGAUGUAUCCCUACAUGCCUCAGAAUGAGGACGAGCUGGAGCUGGUUCCCGGGGAUUUUGUCUUCAUGUCUCCGGUGGAGCAGAGUAGUACCAGCGAGGGCUGGGUGUACGGGACCUCGCUCGCAUCCGGGCUGUCCGGCCUGCUGCCUGAGAACUACGUCAGCCUGGCCGAUGAGUCUGACACCUGGGUCUUCCAUGGCUCCCAUUCAUUCUUCAGCUGUGGUCCCAGUGACAAGACCAGUAAGGAGAGAGGGAUGUUUGACGGACUGCUGGACAGCCGACGCCCCGACAACACAAGUCCUGGAGACACGCCCACCCUCAGUCUUAUAUGUCAUCCAAUGCAGCAGGUCCUGCGGAUCAGUGGGAGUCACUCUCGGCAGUCCAAGCGAUCGCUUUUCGUCUGCCGGCACGGAGAGAGGAUGGAUGUGGUGUUUGGCAAACACUGGCUCUCCCUCUGCUCAGACAGUAAAGGUAGAUAUGUCCGUUCCAAUCUGAACAUGCCUCCCAGUCUGCCACUGUGGGGAGGACAGAGAGACUACGACAUGGACACUCCUCUCACUGUGUUCGGCGCCACACAGGCUCGACUAGUGGGUGAAGCCCUGUUAGAGAGUAACACGGUGAUAGACUUUGUGUACUGUUCUCCCUCCCUGCGGUGUGUUCAGACUGCGCAGAACAUCCUGAAAGGUCUGCAGCAGGACAGUAAACUGAAGGUGAGGGUGGAGCCGGGGCUGUUUGAAUGGACCAAGUGGGUUUCUGGGAACUCCCUCCCUGCAUGGAUACCCCCAGCUGACCUGGCUGCAGCCCACUUCAGUGUGGACACAAUGUACAGACCUCUGAUCCCCGUCAGCAAGCUCACUGUGUCUGAAUCCUAUGAGAACUACAUGAGCCGGAGCUACCAAGUGACCAAAGACAUCCUGGCAGACUGCAAAAACACUGGAAACAACGUGCUGAUUGUAGCCCACGCUUCUUCCUUAGAGGCCUGCACACGCCAGCUGCAAGGCCGCAGCCCACAGAGCGCCAAGGACUUCAUCCAAGUAGUCCGAAAGAUCCCCUACCUGGGCUUCUGCUCCUGUGAGGAGCAGGGAGACACGGGGGUGUGGCAGUUAGUGGACCCUCCCAUCCUCCCCCUCACACAUGGACCAAACCACACCUUUGACUGGAGGGAGGCACUUCUGCAAGAAUGAUGUCAGCCUGAUCUGAACCCCCCCGCCUCAUCCCCACGCCCCCUGAACCCGGUCAUACUGUACUCCCACAGACUGCAUUAACAAGUGUCAGACCAGUGGCCUCCAAAACACUGGGACCUCUCUCUUUACACAGCAGUGACGGUUGAAGGAGCUUCCUGCCUGAAGAUGAGGAGCCGAGUCUCAUCAAUUUAUCAAACACCCACAAUUCAUUGUGUGAUUGAAGGGAGGAGAGGCUGGUUUGGUGGUUUGCAGGGUGGCUGGGUGUUGGAUGCACUCACUGACAUUCAGCUCCAUCAUGCUUACAUCCCGUCAGCCCAGUCUCAGGAAAUUUUGUGAAAUUAGCUCCGCCUCUGUGCAUGAUUAGCAAGAAACUUAUUUUUCCCAACAUGAAUAUUUUGAUGAAGUCAGCCAGACUAAACCAGAAUUGUGACUCUGAAGUAAGGCCAUUGAAAGCUAAGAUGUGGACGUUAGAGAUAUUAGCUUUUAGCUCAGAAGACUCAGGUUCUGUUUCUAUUUAGCAAAGUUCAUUCUCUGAAUUUUCUGAAAGUUUUUUCCUGUUUCACUGAGCCGAACAGUUUUAGUUCCCUGACUGUAAACAAAGCUAAAGCUAGAUAGCAAAAUAAAUCUACUUGCGCCACAUGCUUGUUUUCCUCUGGCCCGGAAUACGCUCAGUUCCAUGGCCCAAAUCUGGCUCAUAUACAGCAUGACUGUCAGAUGCUACUUCCACAUCUGGACCAACUCUGGCGCACACACAGAAAAUCUUUCGGCUGUCAGUCAAUACAGACAGAUAACAGCCAGAAUCUGCCCAGAUGUGGAAGAAUGUGGGCCAGACUCAGGCCAAGAUCCCAGUUGUGUGUUGGGCCAGAAGAUGCAUUUUGCUAUCAGCAAAUGUUAAACUAAACUGUUAGCUAAUGUUAAACAUUAGCUGUGUCUGAAAUCACUCUGUUGUUUCCUCAUUCACUUUAAUGAUUACUAAACGGAGUCAGGUGCAGCGUAGAACAGCUGUAAUCUUGGUAUCUAUCAAAUCCGAUGCAUGUGUAGAACAUGGAUUUCACAAUUCAGAAAAGUGCACUAGAUAGAAAACUGAUUUUGGACACAGCUUUGAUUUAUGCCUUACCCAUCAUAGUGGUAAUAACAGCCUCAAUGUCAGGAGGUCAGGCGGUUAGUGAUUGCUUUAGUAUGCUAACAUUUUAACAUGUUAAAGUUAGCAUGUUAAAAAUGUGUGCACUGCUAAUGUUAGCAUCACUAUGUAAUCACGCUUGUGUGUCUGUUAGAUUUAACAGGUGCUAGCAUGUUUACAUGAACAAUGUUGCUUGUUAACCAACAUAUCCAACAUGCUAAUUGUUAGCCUUAAGCCUGAUAACAUGCUACAUUAGCACACCUCUUACAAAGGCUAAAUGAUUUUGGGUGACAACAUGGCAGUUUCUGCUCCACUAAUGUCAAAGAUAUAAUAACAAAGCUGUUUCACCAUCUUUAAUUCAUUCAAUAAUUUUAUUUUCUGGUUUGUUAUGUGCGUUACAGCCUCAGUGGGUUGUUAGCAUGGCCACAGACUUUUAGCUAGCAGCAGUUGCAGCUUGAUGUGGGACAUCGGCACAUGUAAUGUUAUGUUUGAGUUUGUGCUUAUUUCACAAAAUUUGAUGAGACUGUUGAGUAUUAUGAAUUUGUAAUGAGUGUUACAGUAUAUCACAACAGUACUGCUUCCCUGCACAGUUUGACCAUACAUGUGAGUAAGUACACACAGGCUGUUGAGUCAGCUACCGACCAGAAUGAAAAGAGACGGUAUAAUAGUUUGAAACGAAAUACCACCUUCUGUCCUGCUUGUCCUGCUUCAGUAGCCGAGAGAAGACGAAUCAGCUCUGGCCUCAAGUCACAAUGUGGCCCCUCACGUUGUCUCUAUUUUGACGGCACAUGUAGCACAUACAGUACAGCUGUGUCUUCUGCCAGUCGUGUAGUGUAUGUACGAAAAUCAAACAUCCGCAACUAUAACAGCACAACCUGCACUAUUGACAAUCUUACAGUAGCUUCUUGAUUCUGGUCCAGCAACAUUUUGAGUCUGUGUUUGUGAUAUAUUGUUCAGGGGUUCAGAGUAGCUGUAAAUAAUCAUAUUUUGGAGAAAAAAAAAUAGUCUUCCAAUUUUAUUUCUAUUUAUUUAUAAACAUUUCUUUCAGAUGUUACAAGCAAAAAAAUAUAUAUAUAAUAAAAAGAGGAUCAUCGCUUUUAACAGCAUGUAAGAAUUUAUCUCAGGUGUUGACAUAUGUAUAUGCAGCUUUGAAAACUGUCCCAUUGAGUGACUGUGUUGUUGUGAGUGCCUCUUGGAAUUAAAGUGAUGUCUCCUGAUGAACUGAGUGCCCACUCAUGGCUACAGAAGAAGAAGUGACGUCGGCUGAUACGUGAUGCACAUCACACGUGAAACCCUCAUGUGUGAUGUGCAUCGUAACAGUUGCAUGUUUUGAAUUUAUUAUAAGACAGUUCUUUAUUAUUCCCUUUCUAUUCUGGGUCAAAUUUUAGAGAUAUUUUAUCGAUUGGAGAAUUGAAAAACUUAUUUCCUGUCAGGUUCUUUGGUGGAAACUCAUUCAGACUGUUUGAGUGCAGUUUCCUUACUGCAUUCAGAGAGAUUUUCCCGCCUACAUCUUGUCAACUUACAUCAAAAAGUGCCGCUGUAACAGAGAACGCCCAUCACCAACAACAUUCGACCAUGUAGUUCUUACACAGAAAAAUUUAUUUUGGUCACUUCACUGACAGAGGCAACAAAUCAAAGAUAAAUUCUGACAGUGACAUUGUGGUGAAUCCUGUGUUUACAAAAUUACAUUUACAGAAAAUAUAAUAACAAACAAUUAACAUAAUAGAAAUAUUAAGAAUCCAAAUAACUGGCUCUGGUUCAGCCCCACUAGUCUUCUAGAAAUAUGCAACUUUCUUUCUAGGCUGCGAAACCUUUGAAGACUUGUGUCCCAAUUCAGGGGGUUUGGAGGACGUGGUCUACGAACACCUUGUCUUAGUUGCCGCCGUACACUGCAAAGGACGGACUGAAAUGAGACGGUCUGGCCUAUGGAGGAUUUGUCAGUUACCUCUUACCAGUAGUGCAGCUUUAAAAUACAAUUAUGACCAUUUAUCUCUGUAAACAAAGACUCAAUGUAGACUCGAGUAGUGACGUUCGUAUGUAAUCCCUGUGAUUUACAAUCAUAUAAUGUAUGAGGUUCUGUUGUGAUUGACAGAACCUUCACUGUGUUAAUUGAUACUGAGCCAUAUCACAGCACAGUUCAAAUGUUCAUGCUCCACCUCUUCUUACAAAAAGUUCAGCAGUUUCAAGCCAACGUUGUUUUUCAGAUUCAGAGAUUCUGCCAGAAUCUCCACUGAGUGCUGAGCAACAGUUUGUCACAUUUGUGAAAUAUUCUUAUUCACACUGUUGCUGGGAGUUAGAUCAACACUGCUCUUGUGUCUGUGCACUAAAUAUGAUGCUAGAGCUAGCAGGCGAUUGGCUUAGCUUAGAUAGCCUAGUUUGCGUACAUAGCUCCUUGUAAAACCACAAGUUUUGUAGUGUAUGUGUGUUGAUCCAUGAGUGAUAGUAGGCAGAUUUUUCUAGCUUUUGAGUGAGCCAGGCUAACUGUUUCCUCCUGCUUCCACUUUUUAUGCUAAGCUAAACUAAGCUAAUCCACUUCCAGCUCUAGUUUAAGAUUUAAAGGUUCCCUGUGGAGUCUUUACACCUCUAGUAGUUCUAUGGAGCUUUCUUUUCCUGUGAGUGGGUCUUGACUUUACUAGACGCGCUAAAGAGCUUAAGGAUACACACAGUGCAUUUUCAUGAGUGACACUGAAUGUACAUACAGCUUUUAUUUGUUUACACGGAAACUCCACAGGACACUUUAAUACGUAAACAUGAGACUGACAUCAGUCUGCCCAGCUGACUCUCUGCAAGAAUGUGAAUGUGUGUAUUUCUGAAAAUGUCCAACUGUAAAUUCAAAGAGAGGAGAAAAAAAAAAGCUAUGUGAACAAAUCUUUAUUCCAGUAAGUGCAACACAAUUUGAUUGGGUUGAUUUUGGAAAUCUUUCCUGCACUUUUAGGAUCUUCAUCUUCAAAUUCAUUCAGGAAAAAAACACAUCUACUUCAUGAUAAACGUUGUUCAUUUCCUGGGGUAUAAAAACAUGUAUUAUUAGUAUUGUAUCAUUAUGUGAAAACAGAGCGCAGAACAUUUUAACACCUUCCUUAAUCUUUGACCUGCAAACCAGUGAUAUCCAGUCAAGUUAAAUGUCUGUUGGAGCAGCACUAAUUGUAUAAAAGCGUGUUUCUAUAGAUUAUGAUGCAUAUUCAUAUGAAGAGUGAAGAGUGAAAGAAACAGAGGAAGAAGCCAUGUUGUUCCUGUAUUCUUCAUUUAUUGUCAGAACAUAUCAUCAAACCUACAGAGAUUAAAGUUUCUUCUGUUGCAAAUCAAAAUAUAUUUGUUGGUUUAUGAUUAAAGGUGAGAUCUGGAGUCUUUGUGUAAAAUGUAUUUGAUCUGUUCUUGUGUUGGUGAAGCGAGUGAGUUAUAAAGGAAGAAGUUAUCCUUUUUAAACAGCUGUGAUAUUUUCAUAUUUUGAGUAACAUGUCAUAUGAUGUGUGGUCACACUGUUUAUUUGCAGUUUGUUUGACGGAACAUGAAACAAAAGCAAAUUUUUUUCUCCAUAGCAAUAACAUUAUAAAACAACAGGUGUGCAGACUUAACUAUUUAUCCAUCUAUGCUGCAAAAACUGUAAAGGAGAACAAACAAAUAAAAUCCUACAUCCUUC